AGAAACAUGAAGCGUAUUGUGCCUUCAGGCUUGAUUGUAGCUAUCUUUGCUCUUGUUUCUGCUAGCUCUUUUGACAGAGCGAAGGUAUUUCGUGUGAAGCCUCAAAAUGAAAGACAAGUGAAGUUUAUAAAGGACCUAGCCAGCAUUAAACAGCUUGACUUCUGGCACCCAGAUUCAGCCCUUCAUGUAGUUACUCAUAUGGAGGUGGAUUUCCAUGUCAGUGCAGAUCAAUCCAGAGCUGUCCAGACUUUCAUGGAGCAGAACAGAAUACAAUACGAAGUUUUAUUACAUAACCUGCAAGAGGAGAUUGAAAAACAGUUUGAUGGCAAGAAGAAUUUUACUGCUAGACACUGUUACACAAAAUACAACAGCUGGGAUACGAUUGCUGCCUGGACUGCUAGAAUUGCUAAAAAGUAUCCAAAACUGGUCUCUCGCAUUGAAAUUGGAAAUACUUUUGAACAGCGGCCAAUGUACCUCCUUCAGGUUGGGAAGGUGAGUGGUAGAAAGAAGACCAUCUUUAUGGACUGUGGGAUCCAUGCACGUGAAUGGAUCUCACCCGCAUUCUGCCAGUGGUUUGUGAAGCAGGCUACCAGAACCUAUGGAAAGGACAAGACCAUGACAUACCUGCUAGAUAAUUUGAACUUCUACGUUCUCCCUGUGUUCAACAUUGAUGGCUAUGUGUGGAGUUGGACUAAAGAUCGCUUAUGGAGAAAAAAUCGUUCCAAUAACUCUAACACCGACUGCAUUGGUACAGACCUGAACAGAAACUUUAAUGCUGCAUGGGGCACUGUUGGUGUCUCAGAUGAUCCAUGCGAUGAAAUCUAUUGUGGAACUGCAGCAGAGUCUGAGAAAGAAACUAAAGCUGUGGCCACCUUCAUUCGUGAGAACCUCCACUCCAUCAAGGGGUACCUGACCAUCCAUUCUUACUCUCAGAUGUUGUUGUUCCCUUAUGGCUACACUUCAAGAAAAGCACCUAAUCAUGAUGAACUGAAUAAAGUUGCUGAGGAGGCAGUGGAAGCUUUGUCCAGUAUGUAUGGCACAAAAUAUAAAUACGGAGUAUCAGCCACUAUAAUCUACCCUACUUCUGGUAGCUCUGAUGACUGGGCUUAUGAUGAGGGGAUCAAAUACUCCUUUGGUUUUGAGCUCCGUGACAGGGGCAAAUAUGGUUUUCUUCUCCCUCAAUCUAAGAUAAAGCCAACCUGUAAGGAAACUAUGCUGGCAGUCAUGCAUAUUGCCAAGUAUGUCCUCAAUCAUGCUUCCUAAAAUAUUUUGCUAUAUGACAGACCAUAUAUUUCGGUAGAAGAGCUUGAUUUUUAUUCCCUUCUGAGCUUCUUUCCUUUCAUAGAACAAGAAGAAAAACAGCACCCAUUCCUACUAUUUGUUGACCUACUGCAGAUGAUUACAAACAAAUAAAAUCAGUUUUCAGAACUA